AUGGCCAGACGACAGAAACAAGCAACGCCAAGAAAAGAGUCGAGUCAAAGUCGUUUUAACAAAACUAAAAAACCACCAAAAACAAAUCAAACAACUCCUGUGUUAGAAGAAUUUAAAAGAGGAAGAGGUCGACCUAGGAAAGUAAACAGUUCGUCGAAGCAAGUAACUGUGAUAUCUGAUGCUCAUAAACCAUCUGAAAGUAAUGACUCUGUAACUAGCAAACUACGAAAAACAACACGGGAAAGUGCCAAAUUGCUCGCUAAUGGAAACUUGCCUAUUGAGAAGGAAAUAUCAGAAACUGUAACUUCCGUUAAAAAGGAUACACCUGUAACAACCGUAUUACCCUAUAAGAAUCACAAUUCGGACGAUGUAGGAAUGUUCAUUGACGAAGAUCAGAAUUCGGAAUGUGCGACCUUACCCUUGACAGAAGAAUAUUCGGCGACUGGAAGUGAGUGUGAUAGAAGUGAAAGUCUAAUUGAUGGUGCUUCUCAGACUACUACAAUCAAAAUUUCUAAAAAUUUGCACUUAGUUUUGCGAAAGCUUGUUACCACAAUUGAAAAUCAGAGAGCUGAAAUUUCAAGGCUGAAAAAAGAAAGAGACUUGCUCAACCGGCAGCUUUUUAGCCUGAAAAGGCCACCAUCAAAUUAUAUAUAG